AUGGCGCGCCUCAGUAAUGCUCGCGCGUUCAUCAGGGCAAAGCGAGAGGGCAUCCAGGCGCGGUUCUCCAAGGUGGUCCUGGAGCGGAUAAACACCGAGCUGGAUGAGCUGCAGGUGCGCGCGGAGGCCGUGGCCAGGCAGCUCGCAGAUUUCAAGAAGGAGGCGUCGAGGCGGAAGACGGCGGCGGUGCUGCACGACGCGGCGGAGAAGGUCGGCGAGGCCGAGGCGCAGGUGCAGACGCUGGCGGAGGUGGUGAAGCUCUUCCCCGAGAGCUUGGAUGCUGCUUCCGUGGAGAGCCUCGAGUCUGCCUGCGGGCAGGCUGCCGUGGCCGAGAAGGACGCCAGCGAUGCGUACCAGCAGGCGAGGACGAUCCUGAGCGAGAAGCAGGCCUCCGCUCACGAAGCGGCGAUGGUCUCCGCGGUGUCGCAGCUGCUGCAGCGGCUCAGCAAGGCCCAGGUGCAGCUCUCGAAGGAGCGGAAGGCAGCCGUGCUCGGGCAGGGGCUGAAGGCGGCCAAGACCGUGCUGGACCAGCAGGAGGAGAAGAUGAAGGGCGUCGAGGAGAAAGUUGCCAUGGCGGAGACCCUGGCGACGCCGCUGGGCGACGAGCAGCCAUCGGACGAGGCUGUGGAGCGGAUGGGCGCGGCCGUCAUCGAGGCGGAGGCGCUGCUCAGAGCCGCGAUCCAAUCCUUGGACGAGGCAAAGGCCGGCGCGAUCUCCCCGCUGAAGGCAGCGCUGGCCAAGCUGAUAUUGCGAGGGAAGUCGGCUGGCGAGAAGCUUCGCCAGGUGAGGGCGUCCACCAAGGAGCAGCGAGAGCGUGGGGACUGCGGCCGCCUGGCGCAGCAGGCCCGGGCCAUGGUCGACGCCGCGGAGGCGGCGCUGGAGAAGGUGAGCGAGGCAGAGCUGCCCUUCCUGAGGGGUGUUGAGGUGUUGCCGAAGGAGGAGGCGGACAUCGCGAUCCAGGCCUCCGAGCAGGCUGCGGGGGCGGUCCAGCGAGCGAUCGGCGAGGCCCGCGGGUUCAUGGCCAGCAAGUCGAUAGAGG